GUAGUGAGUCCCCUAUUUGCUUAGCAGCAACUAUUAGAAGAACUUUUGCGUAUCAAUCACAGCUUCUUUCUCCGGUUAAUGGCUCUGUUCGGAUCAAAUAUGUCCAGCGAGGUUGGGUUGCGAUUGCUUCUUUGCCCACUUGGUUCUAACAUUGUUGUUCGGACAGCAAGCUGCUCUGUGGGGAUUGUUUUACCUGUUUACUCUACCUUUAAAGCAAUUGAGACAAAAGAUCAAAAUGAACAACAAAGGUGGCUUGUGUACUGGGCAGCAUACGGAUCUUUUAGUAUUGCAGAAAUGUUUGCAGACAAACUUAUCUCCUGGAUUCCACUCUACUAUCACAUGAAGUUUGCAUUUCUUGUUUGGCUUCAACUUCCAUCUGUUGAUGGAGCAAACCAUUUAUACAUGAAUCAUCUUCGUCCGUUCUUGUUGAAGCAUCAAGAUAGACUCGAUCAAAUUGUGGGAUCUUUGUAUGGUGAAAUGUCUAAAUUUAUCACCACGCAUCAAACAGAAAUUCGGUUUGCAAGGACACUUGCUAUGAAGCUCAUGGUAUCAGCAAACCAAAUGGUUAGGGAUAUCAUUCACCCAGUGCAAAAGCGAAGGAAUGGUAUGAUUGAAGGCCCAAGAACACGAGUACAGAAUAAUACGGAAUCGGAUGAUGACGAAUGAAUUCUUCUCUCAAAAUUAGCAGAUUUUCUCCUAUUAGAAUAUGAUUUUUGUUUGUUUGUUUAAUUUGCAUAUGUAAAUGGAAUUGUUCUUGGCACAUGGAGCAAGUUCUGGAUCAAGCCAUGAGCUAGAAAUCUUUUUCUAUGCUUCGCCAGUUUGGCUUUAAUGAGCUUGUAAAUGGGGUGUUUAGUUGUAAAUUCCAAAUAAUACUUUUGUCUUUUACUCUGUGUGUGUGUGUGUGUGUGUGUGUGUGUGUGUGAGAGAGAUAGGGAAAGUCAAAGGGUUGUUUGUGAGGAGAGGGAGAAAUGGAAAGGAAUGGAUGAGGGCUUUCCCCUCUGGUCCCACCAGCAUUGGGCUUUGUCUCAAAAGUGGAAGGAAAUAGAGGGAACAUAAUUUUCCUCUUUUGACAUUUUGUUUGAACAUUUGAAUUUCAUUUACUUUUCACUGUAUGAUGGUCAAAUUACUCAGAUA